GAAAGAGAAAGUUUGAAGCUCCCAUUUGAAGCGUCUCGCUUCAAACUUAUUUCGAGUGCAAAGGACAACAAAAAUCACUAAUUGCCCCUAUACCAAUUUUUUUUCUUUCCCCUUCGCCAGCAAUUUCACUGCACAUUUACUCUCAACUCUCACCUUUCUCAGGCUUUAAUUGCUCUUUGAGUUCUUCCCUUUUCAUUGAUCUUUGAAUUUACUCCAAACAGAGCUCAGGAAAAUGACUAAAGAUGAAGACUUUAAGCUUCUCAAGAUCCAGACAUGUGUGCUGAGAGUGAACAUUCAUUGUGAUGGGUGUAAGCAGAAAGUGAAGAAGAUUCUACAGAGAAUUGAAGGAGUUUACCAAGUGAGCAUAGACAAUGAGCUGCAGAAAGUGACAGUGUGUGGGAGUGUAGAAGCAGCUAAACUGAUCAAGAAACUGGUGAGCUCUGGUAAGCAUGCUGAGCUAUGGUCCAACCAAAAGCCCAACCAAAACCAGAAGCAAAAGCCCAACAACAAUCCAAGUCAGCCCAACAACCCCACUCCCAACCAGAACAACAACAACAGUAAGGCCCAAAAGCAUCAACAGCAGCAGAAUCUGAUGAAGCAUCUUGAAGCUCUCAAGAACCAGCAGCAGCAGAACCCCAAGCUCCCAUUCAUGGCAGGUUUGGAUGAGAUGCUGUAUGGUGGGAAUCAUGAAGUAGGAGAAGAGCAUGGGGAAGAAGAGAUUAACCUUCUCAGGCAACAGGCUGCCCAACAGAUUGCUUUGUUUCAGCAACAAAGAGCUCAGCUUGACAAUGCAAAGAAGAGUCUUGCUGCUCUUGACAAUGGUGGGAAUCUGGUCACUAAAAAGCAGAACAUGGGCCAUAAUCCAGGAGGGAUUGAUGAGAAAACAAUGGCUGCUUUGAGGAUGAGUCUUGCUGAAGGAGGGAAGAUGGUGGGCAAUGGAAAUGACAUAAAUGCCAUGAUGAAUCUUGCAGGGUUCCAUGUCAACAAUGGUGGGGGCAACAAUGGAAAUCACCACCAACAUCUCGCUGCACUCAUGGCAGCUCAAGCAAACCACCAGAAUCACCACCAUCAGGUCCCAUACCAGCAGAACACAAUGGCACAAGGGCAAAAUGGUCAUUUCCCAGGACACCAUGGUGGGUAUCAUCACCCUUCAUCAAUGAUGAUGUACAACAGGUCCCCUUUCAUCCCUCCAUCCACUGGCUACCACCCUCACCACCACUACUACUACUACAAUAACUAUGGUCAAAGUCAACCAUACCCCACCUAUGUGGACCCCAACCACCACCUCUACCCCACUCAUGAUCAGUCUGCUUCAACCAUGGUCAGUGAUGAGAACUCAAGCAGCUGCUCAAUCAUGUGAGGUUAAUGUUAUUAGUAAUUACUCUUAACUACCCUUUUGGGGGAUCUGUGUAAAGACUUUGGAUUAGGUGUCUUAAUGGUGCAUUGUGAAUUGUUUUGUUAUCAACAAUGUGAGAAUGGAGAAAUGGUCUUUUAAAAAGAGGGCUCUUCCAUGGAGCACUCUCUUUGUUUUUGUGAAAAAAAGAAGAGGCUAAUAUGUUAGUUUUGUCAUGCACUUUUUGAUCCCUUUUCACUCUAAUUCCUUGGGGGGUAAAAGUAAAAUAUGCAAAUAUCUUAGAGGGUUUUUGAUAAUAAAUUUGAGUUUCUAAU